UCCGAGUCGGUCGCUUAUUGUCUGCGCGGCUCCGGCGGUCUGCUUUUUUUUUUGUAUUUUUUUCCAAGGGUUGACAGGAUCAGAGUAGUCCAAACCGAAAGCAAGCUGAUUGUGAGACCGUUGCGUCGGUUCAAACGCUGAAUUUUAGCCGCCGAACCGGGGUUUCUGGUGUUUUUUUCCUUUGUAAAUACUGUUAUUUGUAUAUACUGUAAAUGAUGACGUCGGUGGGCAGCAGCCGCGCCCGGGGGAGCUGGGAGCAGACGCAGACACAGAGCCAGACGCAGCACAAGCAGCGGCCACAGGCCACCGCGGAGCAGAUCCGACUCGCACAGAUGAUUUCGGACCACAAUGACGCCGACUUCGAGGAGAAGGUGAAACAGCUGAUCGACAUCACGGGGAAGAACCAGGACGAGUCCAUGAUCGCCCUUCACGACUGCAACGGCGACGUGAACAGAGCCAUCAACGUGCUGCUGGAGGGGAACCCCGACACCGACUCCUGGGAGAUGGUGGGCAAGAAGAAGGGCGUGUCCGGGCAGAAGGACGGCGGGCAGACGGAGGCCAGCGAGGAGGGCAAGGAGAACCGCGAGAGGGAGCGGGACGCAGCGCGCCGGCGCGGAGGGGCUCCUCCCCGGAGGGGCCGGGGCGCCAGCCGGGGCCGCGAGUUCCGCGGACAGGAGAACGGGCUGGACGGAGCGAAGGCAGGCGGGCCAUCGGGCCGGGGGAUGGAGCGCGGGCGCCGGGGCAGGGGCAGAGGCAGAGGUGGUUCCGGACGGCGAGGCGGCAGGUUUUCGGCUCAGGGGAUGGGCCAGAUUGAUAAGGGGUCAAGAUAUGAUUUUUCAGGAGACGACGGGACCUUCAACCCCGCCGACUACGCCGAGCCCGCGAGCACGGAGGAGAGCUACAGUGGAGGCAGCAACACGUGGAACAACACGGGCAGCUUCGAACCCGACGAUGGCGCCCGGCUUGAGUUCUCUGGGGGUGAGGGGACAAAUUAUCCCAGAAAAUUUGACUCUGCUCCUGGCGCUUGGAGGACGGCCACCGAGGAGUGGGGCACCGAGGACUGGAACGAAGACCUUUCGGAGACCAAGAUAUUCACAGCCUCCAGCGUGUCCACCAUCCCCCUGCCUCCGGAGAACGUGACGAUUACGGCCGGCCAGAGGAUCGACCUGGCGGUGCUGCUGGGGAAGACACCCCCCUCCUCCUCGGAGAGCGAGGCCACCUCCCUGGAGGCCUCCCAGCCGCCCUCGCUCUCCCAGUCGCUGGUCUUCAGCAACUCCAAGCAGGGCCCACUGCCCCAGCCCCCCUCCAACGCUGCCUUCGCCCAGCACAGCAUGGUCAGCAUGCUGGGCAAGGGCUUUGGCGACGUGGGGGAGCCCAAGGGGGGCAGCGGAGGGACGACCAGCGGCUCUCAGUUCCUGGAGCAGUUCAAGACGGCCCAGGCUCUGGCCCAGCUGGCCGCACAGCACUCCCAGUCGACCCCCUCAAACCCCCCUUCCUCCACCUGGGACACCCCCUCCUCCUCGCUGGCGCAGUAUGACAUGAAGCCGCAGUCCGAGCCCUCGAUCCACAGUCCCUUCGGCAAGCGCCAGUCCUACCAGCCUUCCUCCUCCAUGAUGGAGGCCUUCCUGCAGCAGGACAAGGGCCCCGCUGCCCCCGGAGGGGUCUCCUCCUCCUCUUCCUCCGCGCCCCUCCCGCCUCCAGCUGCCCCGGCCGCCGUGGUGCCACCCUCUUCCUCCUCCUCCUCCUCCUCGCCGCUGCCCAAACCCCCCAGCGCCGGCCCCCCGGGGCCGCAGAUGUCCCCCGGCUCAUCAGACAACCAGUCGUCCAGCCCGCAGCCCCUGCAGCAGCACAAGCUCAAGCAGCACAAGAAGAGGACCUCCAUCACCACGAAGAUCCCUUCUCUGGCGGUGGAGAUGCCGGGAACAGCGGACAUAGCGGGCCUGAACCUACAGUUCGGGGCCCUGCAGUUCGGGUCCGAGCCGGUGCUGCCGGAGUACGAGCCCACGCCAGCCACCAGCGCCCCCCCUAGCCAGCCCCAGAACAGCCUCUACACCAGCUCUGCCAGUGAGUCAGCGCCCACGAUCUCCUCGAACCCCAGCCAGGACUCGGGGUACCAGAGCAGCGCCCUCCCCGGCGGGGGCCCCUCGUACCCUCCCCAGCCGGCGGCGGCCAGCGGGGGCGCAGGCCAGGCCACCCUGUACGAGCAGCGCUCCACGCAGACCCGGCGGUACCCCUCCUCCGUGUCCUCGUCCCCGCAGAAGGACCUGCAGCCCAGCAAGAACGGGUUCAGUUCCAUACAGACGUCGCAAUCUGUAGAAGCUGCAGCAGGCUCUGCAGUGAAAUCCGUAUCGGACUCUCCGGUGGUCUCCAGCAUGUCCUCCCUGACCGACAGCGUCUCGGGCUCCUCCUCCCUCCUCACCACGGCCAACCAGACGCCCCUGAGCUCGCUGGGGCACAGCGAGGACCUGCCCCCCAGCUCCGCCCCGCAGCCCCAGCAGCACAGCAACUCCUUGUCAACGCAGUCGAACAACCUGGCACCUUCCUCUUCCACAGUACGCACUUCAAACUCUUUACUGCACGCGAGCGUGGACAGCGAGGCCGCCCUGCACUCCUCCUCCAGCUCCUUCCCCUCCUCCUCGUCGGCGGCCGCGUCCAGCGCGGUGCCGGCGGCCGCCGCCGCGCCCCCCUCGGUCAGCACGGUGUCGUCGGCCAGCCUGGGCCCGGUCAGCAGCCUGGGCAUCGGACUGAACAGCACCAGCUCGGCGCCUUCCUCGUCCUCCAACUCAUCGUCGUCACGUGGCUCUGCAGCCUCCGCCUCAGGAAAGGCCCCCCCAAACCUGCCGCCUGGGGUUCCUCCUCUCCUGCCCAACCCCUACAUCAUGGCUCCCGGACUCCUGCACGCCUACCCACCUCAGGUGUACGGAUACGACGACUUGCAGAUGCUACAGACCAGGAUCCCCCUGGAUUAUUACAGCAUCCCCUUCGCCACACCGACCACGGCGCUGACCGGCAGAGAGGGCAGCCUGACGAACAACCCCUACUCGGCGGGCGACCUGACGAAGUUCGGCCGGGGGGACGCCUCGUCCCCGGCGCCGGCCACCACGCUGGCGCAGCCGCAGCAGAGCCAGACCCAGGGCCACCACACCACGCAGCAGACCUUCCUGAACCCGGCCCUGCCGCCCGGCUACAGCUACACCAGCCUGCCCUACUACACCGGCGUGCCGGGGCUGCCCAACACCUUCCAGUACGGGCCCGCCAUGUUCCCGGUGGCUCCUACCUCGUCGAAGCAGCACGGUGUGAAUGUCAGCGUCAACGCCUCGGCCACGCCCUUCCAGCAGGCCAGUGGGUACAGCUCCCACGGGUACAGCACUGGCUAUGAGGAUUUGGGCCAGGCCUCUGGGAGUGGGGAUUUCUGUAAGGGUGGAUAUAGCACUGCUGUCGCUGCCGCCGCCGCCGCCGCCGCCGCUGCUGCUGCCGCCGCCGCCGCUUCUGCGCAAAACAAGCCCGCCAGCUCCGUCACGGGGCCCGGAGUGGGAGUUUCUGUGACGUCCAGCAACACCGGAGUUCCUGAUAUUUCCGGGUCCGUUUACACGAAGACGCAGUCGUUCGACAAGCAGGGGUUCCACGCCGGCACGCCGGCUGCUUCCUUCAGCCUGCCGUCGGCGCUGGGCAGCGGGGGCCCCAUGAACCCCCCCGCGGCCGCCGGGUACCCCCCUGCCCCCUUCAUGCACAUCCUGACGCCCCACCAGCAGCCGCACUCCCAGAUCCUGCACCACCACCUGCAGCAGGACGGACAGAGCGGCUCUGGCCAGCGCAGCCAGGGGACGUCCAUCCAGCAGAAAUCGCAGGUCAACAAGUCGGCUUACAGCAGCUACAACUGGGGGGCCAACUGACGCCCCCGCAGCCCCGCCCUCUGACCCCGUGACCCUGUGACGGAGGGCUUGCCCGCAUCGCACCCACCUUCCCCGGCUGAAUCCCCUGCCCCCGUGCCCCCCUCCCCUCUCUCCCUGGGGGGCUGUGUGCAGCUCCCCCUCUCGCCACACGGGGGUGCCACCUGCAGUACGAGUGAGGAGGGGGAGGGAUGCAGGAACGUUUUUUUUAGGGGGGGGGGUCCGAAACGGGCGACCUCCUUAAAUUUAAAAGUGCAAGAGUGCAGAACUAGCGAGAGAGUGGAGCUUUAUGUAUUAUUUCACUCUGACUUGUAUGUCAUAUGUAAAAUAGACUGUUUUUCGUUUACUGUUUUUUUUUUUCCUUUGGCAGGGCAGGGACAGGAGAUGGGAGGGGGGGGGGGGGGGGGUUUUU